UCCCUGGAACCGUUGCUGCUUCCAGUGUUUCCUCCUGAAGUCUUUGAUCACUACCCAGUCACCGGGCUUGAAGUGGUGUUGUGGCGCAUCAGCUGGCAUUGGCAGUACGGCUUUCAGAGUGGUUAGCUGAGAGGGAGACUGAAAGACUUAUACAGUAGUUCAACAAAAGAUAAAGCAUUUAAAAAUUCCAACCAGCAACCACACUUUCCUCGGUCACAUACUUCAGGAUACUUGCUGCAGAGCUGACCUUCUAGGAAAGAGUUGGCAUUCCCAUGAGCAAUGGAGGAAGUCUAUGCCAAUAUUGACGAUGUCCAAACCCUAAGCUCAAAAUCAUCAACAAUACAAGAAGGUCCCAGGAGAUUUCUCAGAGCGUCUGUUCUCGGUCUGGGGCUGCUGAGUGUUUUGCUGCUGGCUGGACUCAUCGGCCUCGCUGUCUACUACCACGACGUGACUGAAGAGAGAGACCGACUGAAGGCCAGCCUCACCAAAAAGACCAGUGAGGUGUUCAGGCUUCGGUGUUUGAUGGACAAGGAAACAAAGUGUCCUGAAGGAUGGAGGAAGUUUGGUUGUUCCUGUUAUCUCCUCUCUACUGAGAAAGCUUCUUGGGAACAAAGCAACUGCACAGCCAGCGGAGCGGUGACCGCAAACCGUUUUGAACAGGAAUUCCUCACUAACACGACCAAGGAAAGCACUUGGAUUGGAAACGUGGAAAUGGGUGGCGUGUGUGGAUAGAGCGUUGGUGUUCGGAUCAGGGGAGCACAGGUUCAAACCCCACUGCAGUCAGCAUGUCGUUGUGUCCCU